CGGACAGGAGAGGCUGCUGCUGCUGCUGCUGCUGCUGGUGGUGGUGGUGGUCAUCAUGUCGGGCAGGAAGCCCCGGUCUGUGGCGAACCCUCUGGAGUCUGCUAUCAACACCCCGAGCGAGAGGAUCCUGAAAGAAUGCCACAGUUUGUAUGUGGACAGCGAGAACGGCCUGGUGAAGAUUGCCAGCAGCCUUGGCGUCCAGCUCCUGCCCCCCAGAAAGAAGAUCAUUGUGAUGAUAAUGGGUAACCACUCUGCAGGGAAGAGCUCCUUCAUUAACUGGUAUGUAGAAGAGCACAUACAGAAAGCCGGCGUCGCCAUUGAAACGCAGGGGUUCACGUUCAUCACAAGCGGUCGCAAAAGAGAAUCACUGACGGGGAAUGCGACGCUACAUCUCUACCCUCACUUUAGACCACUCCUUGAGUUCAAAGGUGUUACGGACUAUCUGUCUGCUGAGAUCUCCACCUCCAAGCAGAAGAAGUUCAGUCUGGUGACAUUCGUGGACACACCGGGUUUGGUGGACGGGGACAUGGUCUAUCCUUUUAAUGUCAACAGCGCCAUCACCUGGUUGGGAGAACAGGCCGACCUGGUGUUCGUGUUCUUCGACCCGAUGGGUCAGGCGCUCUGCAAACGUACGCUCAACAUCGUGGAGAAGCUGAGUGAGAAAUGUGCAGAUAAGGUGUUGUUCUACCUCAGCAAGGCUGAUGAAGCAGGGAAUGAAACAGACAGACAGAGGGUGAUGAUGCAGAUAGUCCAAGAACUGUGUCGCCGUCCAGGUCUCAACAAAUGUGGUUUUGAGAUGCCCACAAUAUAUAUCCCCAACCCACAGAAGCCGAGCCGGUGUGUGAACCAGAUCGAUGGGGUGUGUCAGACCAUCGAGAAGACCAUCAACCAGGCUGUUCAGAAGACUUUGAAUCAGCUGGAGAAAGACUCUGACCUUAUUUGUGCCACAAUCGGCAGCAGACUACAGAAGGACAGGGCUGAUGUGUCCUACAACAAAAGCGUCCGCCUUCACUCGUUCUUGUGUGGGGCUCUGGGUAUUGUCCUUCCUACCCUCUUCAUCCUCAGUUUCAUUGUGAACACCAUCUCCAAAGAGCAGCUGGAUGACCUGCUGGGCGAAGGGGCGGCUCGGAUCGUUUACAUCUUCACAGGAAUAGUGAUGUAUUUAUGGGACUGGAUACCAGAAGAUGGACAAGUUAUAUGUGUGAUUGUUUUUGGAGCUUUUUGCUACUUCCUGCUUUUCCUAGCAAAAUAUUUUGCAGGCCGGAGGAACAAGACUCUGACGAAGAAGGAGAAGAGGGCGAUGGCAGAAUAUAACGAUUACAUCAACGAUAUCGUCAAAGCUAAGAAGGGGAAGUUGUAUGAGUGGUACCUCCAGCAGUGUGCAGCAGAAUAUGAUCUCUGAGCCCGGGUAAGCUGAAGACAGUUGUCAGCGUGAUCUACCACCGUGUUUAAAGUGGUAUCCACCAAAACUAUCAGGUUUUUUCUCUUCUCAGUCAGUCAGGUGUAUCAAAGAUCAUCUCAAGAUCUUAGUUUAAAGAUUAGGAAUUUAAAAAGUGCCAUUAUUAGUCAGUACUGGAGAUGCUGUGAUUGUAGUCGUUUGAUGAAAGCAAAUUUCAUAAUGUGAAUAGAUUUUUGUAGUAACAACAUGGAAGAAGUGUUUACAAAUGAACUUUUUCUUUAUUUCUUCAUGAGGUACUUGCAGAUGCUUUUUUAUGAUGUCCUUGCGUACUCGUGGUCCUCAAGUCUCACUUCACCGUCUUGUUGUCUUUAUAAGACAUCAGAAUGUCCAACACUUUUGUUCGCAAUAUUACAAUAACCAAUGCUGUGAUAACACUCGGGCAUUAUAGUAAAAUAUUUUCAUACCAACAAAAGCUGCAAGCUUUCUUCUGCCUCCCAAAGAGUCUGUCUUCCUCUUUGACGUUUGUUUCGAUGUGUGAUAUGUUCACGUAUGAAUCAUGUGAUAGUAUUUACAGAAACCGCAGUCAAGAUCUGUGACUUAACUAUUUUAAUAGAGCAGUAUAAUAAAACAGGUGAGCAGUGAAGUCUGUCACUGAGUUGUUAAUGAGCACUGAACUCUUCAUGUUGUCUAUAGAAUCUAGUUUUACGACUAUAUCACCAUGUACUGCCUUUACUUCAGUGUUUGUAGACAUAUUUAUUGGUCUUUAAGGUGCUUUUUAUCCAAAUAAUGUAGAAAAACUUCUAGGGGCUGUUUGCAAUAUUAUUGUGAACACUGUCAGUUUGUAUUGUGUGUGUAUUUUAUCCUCCUCGUUAGGUAAAUCUUUGUUUUUAUGAGAUAUUACAUUUAUAAAUUGUGUGUGACUUUAUCUAUUCUGUGUAAUUUUUCCAAAAAAUAGUUUUUAUUGUACGAAAUGGAGACUCUCUUGUCAUAAAACUGCAAAUUAUGCUCUGUCACUCCCUUGGAAAUUAUUAAACAUUUUCUAC